CCCCCGCCCCGCCGUUUUCCUCGGGUCUCGCGUGAGAGGUUUCUCUUGGGCCGCGGAGUCUCUGCGCUUUUCUAGGGCCGGUGCCUUGCGACGAGGGAGCGACAGUUUUAUAGGGCACAAGGAUUUAAGGAGCCCCCAGUCAGGCCAGGUCUUCCAUGACCCCGUUCCUCUUCUUGUAACCCAACAUAUCUUCAGAGCUGCCUGCGUUUUUCAAGACAGCAGAAAAUGAACAAAUUCCAGGAGCACAAUGAAAGGACUAACACAACACAUAUUGAACAAAAAUUCCAGGGAUCAGUAUCAUUUAAGGAUGUGACAGUGGGCUUCACCCUGGAAGAGUGGCAGCACCUGGACUCAACUCAGAGGUCCUUAUAUAGAGAUGUGAUGCUGGAGAACUACAGUAACCUUGUCUCACUGGGGUAUUGUGUUACCAAACCAGAAGUAAUCUUCAGGCUAGAGCAAGGAGAGGAGCCAUGGAUGUUGGAGGAAGAAUUCCCAAGCCAGAGCUUCCCAGAAUCCUCGGAAACUGAUCACAAGAAAGAAAGGAGCCAAGAAGACCAGCCUAAACAUGUGUGGGAAGUUGCAUUCAUUAAUAAAACACUGACUAAAGAACAAGGUAAUGGAAGAAAACCACUUACCUUGAACGCAGACUCUUUUCCUUCCAAAAAGAUCCUCUGUCAAUGUGACUCAUGUGGAAUGAGUUUCAACUGUGUUUCAAAAUUAUUUAUCAAUAAGAAAAACUAUUUAGGAAAAGAGACUGAUGAAUAUAAUGCUUUUGGAAAUUUGCUACUUGAUAUUAAACAUGAGAAAACGCAUACUCGAGAGAAAAGUGGGUUUUUUAGAAAUGGGAAAAUUUUGAAUCAUGAUGAGAACCCUGUUCAUCAUAAGAAGAUUCAAACUUUAGAGCAAAAUUUUGAGUAUAACAUUUAUCAAGAAACCUUCCUUGAAAAGGCAAUAUUCAGUCCGUACAUGAGAGAAAUUGCAGAAGGGAAUGACUGUGAAUGUGAUGAAUAUGGGAGAACCUUCUUUGAUAACUCUUCCUUCUUACUCCAUCAGAUGAAUUCCUCAAAAGAAAAUCACUAUGGAUUUAGUGGUUGUGGAAAAUCCCUGUAUGUGAAGGCUACCCUUUUGAAACAUCAUGGGCCACAUAUGAAACACUAUGAAUGUAAUGGAAGUGGGAAUAAUUUCCAGAGGAAUUUAUGCCUUUCACAACUUCAGAAAACUCAUAAAGGAGAGAAACACUUUGAAUGUAAUGAGUGCAGGAAAGCCUUUUGGGAGAAGUCCCACCUCACUCGACAUCAGAGGAUACACACAGGAGAGAAACGCUUUCAAUGUAAUGAAUGUGGAAAAACCUUCUGGGAGAAGUCAAACCUCACAAAACAUCAGAGAUCACACACAGGGGAAAAACCCUAUGUGUGCAAUGACUGUGGGAAGGCCUUCAGCCACAAGUCAGCCCUUAGGUUACACCAGAGAACACAUACGGGAGAGAAACCCUAUCAGUGUAAUGCAUGUGGGAAAACUUUUUACCAGAAGUCAGAUCUCACUAAACACCAGAGAACACACACAGGGCUGAAACCCUAUGAAUGCUAUGAAUGUGGGAAAUCCUUCUGUAUGAAUUCACACCUUACAGUACAUCAGAGAACUCAUACAGGUGAGAAACCAUUUGAGUGUCCUGAUUGUGGGAAAUCUUUCUGUCAAAAGUCACAUCUUACACAACAUCAGAGAACUCAUGUAGGGAAUAAACCCUACGAGUGUAAUGCAUGUGGUAAAACUUUCUACCACAAGUCAGUACUCACUAGGCAUCAGAUAAUUCAUACAGGGUUGAAACCUUAUGAAUGUUAUGAAUGUGGGAAAACCUUCUGCUUAAAGUCUGACCUCACAGUACAUCAGAGAACUCACACAGGGGAGAAGCCCUUUGCAUGUCCUGAAUGUGGGAAAUUCUUCAGCCAUAAGUCUACCCUCUCUCAACAUUAUAGGACACAUACAGGGGAGAAACCCUUUGAAUGUCACGAAUGUGGAAAAAUCUUCUAUAAUAAGUCAUACCUAACUAAACAUAAUAGAACCCACACAGGGGAGAAGCCCUAUGAAUGUAAUGAAUGUGGGAAAACCUUCUGCCAAAAGUCUCAGCUUACUCAGCACCAGAGAAUUCACAUAGGUGAGAAACCCUAUGAGUGUCAUGAAUGUGGAAAGGCGUUCUGUCAUAAGUCAGCUCUGAUUGUCCACCAGAGAACUCAUACAGAAGAAAAGCCCUAUAAAUGUAAUGAAUGUGGAAAAUCUUUCUGCGUGAAGUCAGGCCUUAUUUUACAUCAGAGAAAACACACAGGGGAGAAACCCUAUGAAUGUAAUGAAUGUGGGAAAUGCUUCAGUCACAAAUCAUCCCUCACAGUACAUCACAGAGCUCAUACAGGAGAGAAAUCUUGUCAGUGCAAUGAAUGUGGGAAAAUUUUUUACCGUAAAUCAGACCUCGCUAAACAUCAGAGAUCACACACAGGGGAGAAGCCUUAUGAAUGUAACACAUGUGGAAAAACCUUCUCUCAGAAGUCAAACCUCAUUGUACAUCAGAGAACACACACAGGAGAAAACCUUACAAUUGAAGUGGGUGUUAGGAAUGUCGAGCUGCAGUUCAGCACCCAUUAUUACACUUCAGAGAAUUCACACUGGAGGAACCUCUGUUGACAUCCUGAAAGUUCAGGAACCUUCUUCCACAAACUGGCUUUAUGUUACUCCAAAGUAGAGUGCAACAAAUAUAGGGCAGUCUUGUUAAAUAACAUUUCACUGAAUGUCACCAAGCAAAUACUGGUAUAAGACAGUAAAGAUUUUUUGAUUUUGCAAAAGUGUUUUUUUAGCAAAAGUACAAACUAGGUUGUGUCAGAUUUUAUAUUGAGAAACCUUUCAAUUUGAGGUAUAUAGCUUGAAGAUUAUUUUUAGAAGUAAUAUAACAUUAGAAGUUGUGUUUUGGGUUUUGAUGUCAUAUUUAUCUUUAGGAAACAUAAAAAGUUUUAAUUUGUAGAUGUAUAUUGUGCAAUGUAAAGCUUUAAAAACAAACAAACAAAAAAAAGUAGUAAAAUGAAAAAUCAACUUAAAAGAAGCUGCAGUAAGUACAUAGAAUUCUCAUGUGCCCUUCAUCAAGCUUCUUCUAAUGCUAUCUUCUACAACCAUGGUAUAUUGUCAAGCACAUGACAUUGAUGGCACUACAGUACUCAGUCACACACAGUCCUUCCCACUUCAACAAUGUUUACAUGCACUUUGUGUGUAUGUCUAGUUCUGUGAAAUGUUAUCACUUAUAUUUUAAGUAACCACCAACACAGGUUACAAAAUCAAAAGGGAAUCUGGUGUCUCUGUUGCAUUAGGAUUACAAAGGAAUUGGGAUUUUACCAUGAGAAGUUCCCUCGUGUUAAUAAUCAUAAUGCAACUUAAUAUAAUUGUGAACAGAGAAUAGACACCCCCUAAUUUAGCUGUUGUUACAAUAUCAGGCACAUCUCCCAUGUGCCUAAGAGCCUGGAGCAUCCUUUUAAAAGUAGAGGCCCACAGAGCUAAUGUGUAACCAUUUAAAAUGUAUAAAUCAAAAUAAAGUGGUAAAUAGGUUGUCUUCAGUGAAGGUUAUCUAGUCCCUAGUGUCAUUAUCCCCUUUUACCCGUGGUUUGUGUCAAGCCAUGAGGUGCCUUGAGUGUACAUAUGUGAGUCUUCUAGCCCUCAGCCUAAAUUUUCUACAGACUUAACUCUGUAAGUUACUGCCCUAUAAGCAUGGGCUGGUGUACCCAGAGACAGAUCGGAGCCCUUGGAGAUUUUUUACUCUGAGAGGAGAGUGGGUUAAGACUGGAACAGAUCCAGAUUGAAGGUAGCUUGAGGCUUUUACUCACUGACACAGUAAAAAGUGAUAUACUAAAUUCUACAAUCAGUCAGGUUACAUAAACCAGGUUAUACAAACUAAUGAUCUUAACUUGCACAGAGAGUCUAAGCUUCUAUCUUAGGAAAUUAGGAACAGGAGCUGAUUAAAUCCAGAGUAAAUGAAACAAAAGAAAUACGAAUUAGAGCAGAAAUCAGUUAAGUUGAAAACAAAAUAGAGAAAGUCAGUAAAAUCAAAAGAUAGUUGUUUGCAAAGAUCAAUGAAACUGAUAAACUGUUAGCUAAAUUAACCAAGAAAAAGAGGAGAUAUAAGUUGUUAAUAUCAGAAAUGAAGGAGAGCCAUAACAGCUGAUUCCAUGGACAUUAAAAAGAUAAUAAUACUAUGAACGACUCUGCACACAAAUUUCAUAGCCUGCCACACAAUCUGCCAAAAGUCACAGAAGGAUAAACCUGAAUAGCCAUGUAUCUAUUAAGAAAUUGAAUUAAUACAUAAUCUUCCAAAUCAGUAUCACAUCCAGAUGUAUUCACUGGUGAAUUCUAUUAGACCCUUCAGGAAAAAAAAUGAUACCAAUUCUCUAAAAUCUCUUCCAAAAAGUAAGAGCAGAAGAAAUACUUCCUAACUCAUUCUGUGAGGCUAGCAUUGGUGUUGUAGCAAAACCAGACAAAGGCAUCACAAGAAUGGGAAACUGCAGACCUAUAUGUCUUACAGUUUCCUCACAUAGAAAUCCUCAACAAGUCAUAAGCAAAUUGAACCCAACAAUAUAUAAUUUUGCAGUAUGACCAAGUGGGAUUUGUUCUACACGUGCAGUGCUGCUUCUACAUUUGAUAAUCUGUUAAUUUAACCCAUCAUAUCAACAGGCAAAAGAAAUAAUCACAUGAUCAUAUCAAUAGGUACAGAAAAGCAUUUCACAGAAUCUUAACUCAUAUUCACAGUAAGAAAUUUCAGUAUACUAAGAAUACAGGGAACUUCUUUAACUUGGUAAAGAACAUCUACAAAAGCUCAAUAGCUAACAUCAUACUUAAUGGUGACAAACUAGAUGCAGUAAGAUAAGGAGGAAGGCAAAGGAGGCCCCCUUUGACCAGUCUUUCAACCUCCUUCUGGAAGUCCUCACUAACACAGUAUAAGAAGUAAAGGAAAUAAACUUGGAUUUGGAAGGAAGAGAUAGAACUGUCUAUAUUUACACAUAACAUGAUUCUGUAGGUAGAAAAUUCCAAGGAGUCAACAGCAAUAUGCUUUGACACUAGUAAGCAAUUAUAUAACAAGGUUAUAAGAUGCAAUGAGUAAAGGAAUGGCAAAAAGCAAUCCAUAGCUUUUUGUAACAGAAGUAACAAAACAUGGAGGAACCUUGCUGGCAAAUUGCUAAAUGAAAAAAGCCAGCCUGAAAAGGCUUUACACUUUGGUAUCCAUCUAUAAUGCAUUCAGAUACAAAAGCACAAGUAUAUGGAGAUAGUAAAAAGAUGUAGUGGUUGUCAGGGAUUCAGGGCAAGGGAGGGAAGGAUGAAUAGGUGGCUUAUAGAGGAUUUUUGGGACAAUGAAACUAUUCUGUAGGACAUUAUAAUGAUAGAUACAUGUCAUUCAUUUGUCAAAACCCAUAAAGUAUAAAAUAGAAAGGGUAAAAACCCUAUGUAAACUAGUUAGUAAUAAUGAGUCAAUAUUGGCUCAUCUGUUGUAACAAAUGUACCACACUAAUGCAAGAUAUGAAUAAUAGGGGACUAUUUAGAGGGAGGUAGAAGUGAAGCAGUAUGUAGGAACUCUGUGCUUUCUGCUCAAUUUUUCUGUAACCCUAAAACUCCUCUAAAAAUAAAGCAUAUUGAAUAAAUAAACAACCCUUCCUGCAUAUAGCAAUACAGAUGAA